AAGUCUCGAGGCCGGGGGGCGGGGCCAGCCGCACUGAGGCCGCAGGGCGGCGGGUGCCGCUCGGGCCGGGAAGAUGGCGGUCCUCGCACCUCUAAUCGCUCUGGUGUACUCCGUGCCGCGGCUUUCUCGAUGGCUGGCCCGGCCUUACUGCCUCCUGUCAGCCCUGCUCUCUGCUGCUUUCCUACUCGUGAGGAAACUGCCGCCCCUCUGCAACGGUCUCCCCACCCAGCGCGAAGACGGCAACCCGUGCGACUUUGACUGGAGGGAGGUGGAGAUCCUGAUGUUCCUCAGCGCCAUCGUGAUGAUGAAGAACCGCAGGUCGAUCACCGUGGAGCAGCACGUGGGCAACAUCUUCAUGUUCAGCAAGGUGGCCAACGCCAUCCUGUUCUUCCGCCUGGACAUCCGCAUGGGGCUGCUGUACCUCACGCUGUGCAUAGUGUUCCUGAUGACCUGCAAGCCCCCGCUGUACAUGGGCCCCGAGUACAUCAAGUACUUCAGCGACAAGACCAUCGACGAGGAGCUGGAGCGGGACAGGGGCGUCACGUGGCUGGUGGAGUUCUUUGCCAACUGGUCCAGCGACUGCCAGUCGUUCGCUCCCAUCUACGCGGACCUCUCCCUCAAGUACAACUGCGCAGGGCUGAAUUUCGGGAAGGUGGACGUGGGGCGCUACACGGAUGUCAGCACGCGGUACAGAGUGAGCACGUCGCCCCUCACCAAGCAGCUCCCGACGCUCAUCCUGUUCCAAGGCGGCAGGGAGGUCAUGCGGCGGCCGCAGAUCGACAAGAAAGGGCGCGCGGUCUCCUGGACGUUCUCAGAGGAGAACGUGAUCCGGGAAUUCAACUUGAACGAGCUGUACCAGCGGGCCAAGAAGCUGUCCAAGGCUGGUGACGGCACUCCGGAGGAGCAGCGCGCCGGUCCGGGAGCGGAGGACAAGAAGGUCAAAUAGGCCCCUCCGGCGUCCUGUCCCCGAGGGCGCUGCGCCCUGGCGCUCUAAUAAUCCGCGAGCCGUCCGUCCCUGCCCGGGAGAGGCCUGGGCCGCGCGGGCGGACGCGGCCUUCGAGGGCCCGACGGGAUGCGGGGGUGGGCGGCGGGGCGGCCCCCACGUUCCGAAUAAAAAGGCCCGCUCCCUCUUGAGCGCGCUUGUGUGUAAGGUGGCGCCCGCUGCAGAGAUGCCGUGCGUUCCGCGCCACUCAAGCGGCCCGGAGACCCCUGCCCUCCGUUCUCCGUCGCGCCCGUCAAGCCGUAGCCCCGCCCGCGAGGCCCGGCCCCUCCCCUCGGAGAGCUCUAUCCCCGCCCCGGAAGCCGAGUCCCCUCGCGGAGGUGCAUUCCCACCCCCGUAAGACUAGCCCCGCCCCUCGGAGAGCUCUAUCCCCGCCCCGGAAGCCGAGUCGCCUCGCAGAGCUGUGUUCCCACCCCCGUAAGGCUAACCCCGCCUCUCGGGGAGCUCUAGCCACGCCCUCAAGCCGAGUUUCCUCGGAGAGCUGUAUUCCCACCCCCGUAAAGCUGGCCCCGCCCCUCGGGGAGCUCUAUCCCUGCCCCCAGAAGCCGGGUCCCGCCCCUUGGAAAGCUGUAGCCCCGCACCCGGAAGCCCAGUCCCAUCCCCACGGAACGCUGUAUUCCCACCCCCGUAAAGCUACCUCCGCCCCUCGGAAAGCUCUAGCUCCGCCCCCGGAAGCCGGGCCCUCACCCCCGCAAGCCCGUAGUCCCUCCCCCGGAAGAAGGUUCGCCCGCACACCGUGCGCUUCCGGCCGGGGUUCACGCGGAGACUCCAGCCGCGCGGUUUCGGCGCCAUGGCCCCUCGGGGAAGGAAGCGCAAGGCGGACCCCGCGGAGGUCGGCCCUCCGGGGAAGCGAGGGGAGCCGGCGGAGGGCGGGGAGCGCGCGGCGGAGGCCCAGGUGGUCAUCGAGCACUGCGUUUCUCUUCCUGGUGCUGUCGGGGCGUCUGUGACGGGACAUGGCCAAACUUCAGUCAUGGCCCUGAAGCUAUGGCCUCUGCACCCCAGAAACCUGCUCGGGUGGGGCAGCCCCAGCAAGGCGCUGUAAACUGUUUGGAUUUAGUUCGUUUAAUAAAAGAUGAAAUGCAGUA